AUGUCAAUCACAAACGAGUCCAUCUGGGCCGCCAGCCCCUCCACGACCCGCGGCGCACCUACCCAGCUCUCGUCCGACGCCAAGGGCGAGCGACUUGCAUAUGCUUCGAAUAAAUCCAUCUUCAUCCGUUCUAUCGACAACCCCGCAACCGCCCGACAGUACACCGAACACAAGGCACAAACCACCGUCGCGCGCUUCUCUCCCUCCGGAUUCUACGUUGCUAGCGGUGAUGCUACCGGUACUGUGAGAGUAUGGGAUUGUGUUGGAGAAGGUAUCACGAAGGGCGACUAUAGCAUUGUCAACGGCCGGAUCAAUGAUUUGGCUUGGGACGGCGACUCUCAGCGCAUUAUUGCCGUUGGUGACGGAAAGCAACGCUACGGACACUGCAUCACUUGGGAUAGUGGAAACACCGUUGGUGAAAUCUACGGCCACACGCAACAGAUCAACUCUGUCUCGAUCAGGCAGCAGAGGCCUCUCCGGGCUGCGGCCGCGGGUGACGAUAAGAAGCUGGUCUUCUACCAUGGCGCACCCUUCAAGUUCAACACCGGCAUCGGUGAUAAACACACCAACUAUAUCUACGGUGUGGGCUUUAGCCCGGAUGGUUCGCACCUAGUCAGUGUGGGUGCGGACCGCAAGAUCUGGCUCUACGAUGGUAAGACCGGUGAGACCAAGGGCCAAAUUGGUGAGGGCGAGCACAAGGGUAGUAUCUUCAGUGUGUCUUGGUCCAAGGACUCGCGGAAGUUUGUGACCGCCAGUGCAGACCGGACGGUUAAGAUCUGGGAUGUUGAGGCGGGCAAGACCACGCAGAGCUGGACUCUUGGCGAGGAGGGUGCCAAUGCCGUCCGUGAUCACCAGGUCGGCGUCGUUUGGCCUCCUGGUCGUAGCGACAACCUGCUUAUCAGUUUGUCUCUCAGCGGUGAUCUGAACUACCUUGUCGAGGGUAACCCCAAGCCCCGCCAGGUGAUUCAGGGCCACCAGAAGAGCAUCACGUCUCUCGGCCAGUCCACUUCUGACGGCAAGGAAACUCUGUGGACUGGAAGCUUCGAGGGCCGUGUCUGCAGCUGGGAUGUCGCCUCUGGUUCCGCGGAAGAGAUCGAGGGUGAGGGUCAUCCUGGGUACAUUGCCGGUCUGACUUCAACAGAGGAGGGCUCUGGACGUAUUUACAGUGUCGGCUGGGACGACACGAUCCGGUCCAUCGAUGUGGCUGCCAAGACCUACACCGGCAGCUCAUCGAAGCUUACCGCGCAGCCCAAGGGGGUUGCCACCGCCGGUACAACCGUGCUGGUCGGUGCAGCGGAAGCGGUCGAAAUCUUCCAGGAUGGCAAGAAGACCGGUGACUUCAAGACCAAGUUCUCAGUGACCACUGUGGCGGCGCACGGGGAUGUUGCAGCUAUCGGCGGCGAGAAUGGAUCUGUGCAGAUCUGCAAGGUUUCAGGCUCUACCCUGUCCGCGCAGACCGACAUUCAAGCCUCGCGCAACCAGAUUUCCAUGCUGGCCUUCUCCCCCGAUGCCUCCGUCUUGGCUGUUGGAGAUCUGCGUGGUCGUGUCUUGGUCUACAAGGUGGCCGAUGGCAGUCUCGUAACGGACCGCUGGACUGCCCACACUGCGCGCAUCACCUCGCUGGCUUGGAAUAAGGCCGGUACACACGUUGUCAGUGGCUCGCUGGAUACUAAUAUCUUUGUCUGGAGCUUGGCUAAGCCUGGAGACUGGCUGGAGGUCAAGAAUGCCCACAAAGAAGGUGUCAAUGGUGUUGCGUGGAUCGACGGUGGCUCCAAGAUCGCAUCUGCGGGUGCCGAUGCUGCUGUGAAGGUGUGGAAGGUUGAAGGUCUGCAAUGA